AUGAAAGCUCAAAGCUUUUUUAAACAGUUUAGAGACAAAAAAAGCAGACUAAUUGAUAUCCCAGCAGAAACCAAAGGGAGAAAAGUCUGUCUUGUUGAUUAUGACUGGUAUAAAUCACUUGAAAAAUGGCUGAAUGAAAAAACUCCACAACCUCCAGGCAAAAUCAAUAAUAAAGGACUUUUGCUUGGCGACACAUUAAAUCCUAGAAUGCAACGCAAGAUUGAUUAUGAAAUUAUCGAGGAAGAUAUGUGGCUACUAGUAACACAAGUAUUUGGGAAUACACAGAAGAUUGAAAGAUACUAUGUAAUUGAACCCGAAUCGAAAAAGCCAUAUGUUAUUCUUGAUUACGUAAAUUUACAUAUAAAAGUUGAUAAUCUUAGAGAAGUCAAGAAAAUGUCUGAUAAAAAAUGGAAGGUUGGACCAAUUAUAAAACAAUUAUGCGAAACAUUAAAAAUAAAUUACAAUGAUUACAAAAUUAUGACGCCAGAUCAAUCAGAAACAAUAAAUCCUGAUACAAAAAUACAACAGAUUGACGAAAAGUACAAAGGAAUUAUUCAGAUUGUCCGUAAAAAUCAACCAAAGAAUAUAAAUUUACAAAACUUUGAACAAGUGGCCGAACCAGCUAAAAAACAAGAAAUAACAAAGUACGAAAUUACGAAACCACCAGAAAUUAUUCAAAAAUCUUCAUUCAAUAAUACAACUCAGCAAAUAUCGACUCCUAAGCCAGAACCAGUUGUAGAAAAGCCUAUUGACGAUAUACCUCUUACAAAAUACAGUAUUUCGGCCGUUGGUUUUGUAAAUUUAGGAAAUACGUGUUAUUUCAACGCAAGUCUUCAAUGUUUGUUCCAUAUACAGCGACUUACAGAUAUCAUACUUUCUCCUUCAUUCCUUUCUCGCAUAAAUACGACAAAUAAGAAAGGAUCUGGAGGAAGAGUCGCAAUGGCGUAUAGAUCUACAUUAAUGUCACUCUGCAAUGCAAAGGAUUAUUCUGUAUUGACUCCUACAGAUAUUAGAGCUGCUUUUACGUCAAGAUUUCGUAAAUAUGCAAAUAAUAAUGAACAUGACGCCCAAGAAGCCAUGUUAGACAUGCUUGACGCCCUUCACGAGGACACAAAUGAACACGCCGGACUCGAAAUUCCCAAAAAUUUGACAGACCACUGGCAAAUUCACUUAUCUCAAAAUAAUUCACCGAUUGUUGACCUGUUUCAUGGUGAAUUAGUAUCAUCAAUACAUUGUCCGUCAUGUGGGAAAGAUGAAUCCGUUCAUGAACCAUUUACAUUCCUUUCUGUUCCUAUUCGUUCCCAAAUUUUUUCUUCAGUUUCACUGGAAGAGUGCAUAAAUGAGUUUGCUGAACGAGAUGUUCUAGAUGCAAGCAAUAAAUGGGAAUGCCCUUUCUGUAAGGAGCAUGUAGAGGCCGUAAAAGAGCUCGCAGUGUUCAGAUGUCCUUCAAUUUUACUGAUUCAGCUCAAAAGAUUCAAUCCUGUAACGAAAGCUGCUAUUACAACUAAUAUUACGUAUCCAGAUACCUUAGAUAUGAGAGGAUUCGUCAAAGGACCAGAUCCAGGAAAUUUCAAAUUAAUUGGAGCUGUUUUUUACCAUAAAUCUGUUUUCAUGGAGCAUUAUACGUCCGCCUGUCUCUCCAUGGCCAACAAUAAAUGGUACAGCUUCGAUGACAACAUUGUAAAAGAGAUCGACCAAACUUCUGCUCAUCAGGGAAACGCUUACAUCCUAAUUUAUCAGAAAAGAGAAUAG